GUAUAGUAUGUAGCGAUAGUGUAUGUAUUUGGAUAUUGCAAGCCGUUCACAUCUGUAACUGGGACUGGAUACUUAUUUGGGAAUAAGUUACGAUUUUAACACACCAGAGGCUCUAUUAUUUGGUAUAUCACCUACUGAAUUGAUACUUGUUGUGACCUGCCAUUGAGGAUGUUCAGCUAGCCAUUGGAUAUACUCUAUCUGCACUUGAGCACUUCUCCUACCGUGAGAAAAAUCAAUCAACCAGACACCACCAUGGAGAUCCUUAGGACUCUUUCUGUUUGCCUUGUUUUUUUGCUUCCACUCCUGUCUUCUGUUAAAAACGAAUCGUGCCAGCUACCAUCUUCAGCGAUUCCUCUAGGUUGUGUAUGUUCAGGACUCACCCUUGUGUGUACGGGUUUCUGGCCAACGAACGCCCAACUUCACACCGGGGAUAUGGACAAGGUUUUAGAGUCCUUGACAAUUAAGAACACCACCCGUACUACUCUCCUCAAAUGUGAAUCCGUGUUUGGUACGUUGCCGAAGCUUAAGAGAUUGGACUUAAGUAGCAACCAAAUCAAUUUCACAAAACCUAGGUCCUUUAGUUCUAAUUGUUUUCCAAAUUUAGAGCAGUUAAUUUUAGAUAACAAUGCCCUAAGGCUGAAUGCACACACAACAUUUAAGAGCCUUGAUAGACUCCGUGGGCUACAUCUGAACAAUGCACUCUACAAAAACCAAAGUGUGUCGGAGCAGCUCACGCACACGUUCAUAAGAUCGGCCAUGCCGAGCUUGGAAGAGAUCAUGCUCAAUGACAAUAUGCUUGGAGAUCUGAGUCCGAGCACCUUUAACUUUAACGUGUCUGGUUCCAGUCCUAUAAGCAGGAUACACCUGCGGAACAGUAGACUUGGUGUGAUUCAACCUCAGCUGUUUGAGGUAGAAACGCUCCCCAAUCUCUCCUUCAUCGAUUUGAGUAUGAACAGGAUCACAGGGUUACCGGAGGAGAACCUAGAAAGCUUCAACAAAUUCUCCAGCGUGCUCAUGAUCAAUCUGACCGGUAACCCUCUAACCUGUAACUGCCAGCUAGAGGAUUUUGUGAUUUGGUUGAAGUCGAACAGCACGAUAGUCAUCAAUCCAGAGACCCUGAACUGCUCAGAUGAGAGCAUCAUCCACGGCGGUAAGCGCAUCAUCGACCUUGAUCCAGAGGAUUUGACCUGCACCCACAUCCAGAAUACAGAUAUGGACGAACAGAUGAAAACAUCGUACAUCCUUCUGAUAGCAGUGCUUAGCAUCAUCGGUAUCUUGGCCAUCGUCAUCCUCUUCAUGAGAAGGAAAGAGAUCAUCAAGUUCUGCAACCAGAUGAAGCAAGCCACCAAGGAAACCUUCGAUACGCACCAUACGUCCUACGUCUACAGCGAUAUCACCCGAGCGACACGAGAAACCCCGGAACACUCUGCAGUAGAUGUUUGAUAUGCUGCCCUCUA